AUGUGUAACACAACAGAAGACACAAAUCACAUACUCUUCCAUUCCGUUGAUGAUCCCGGUUCCAUAGAGGACAAUGAAGCAGCUGCUGAUGUGGAAGGGAGACCCAGUACUCAUGAAAGUGGUGAAGCAGAGGAAAAUGCAGAAGGAAGGCCAAAGAGAGCCCGGAAAAGUCUGAGAAAGGAAUGGAAGCGAGAAGAAAGGAAAAGGAAGCGAAAUUCGGGAGACUCUUACGUCACUAGAAAGAGAAAGCCAAUUCAAGAGAAGCAAUUUAGCAAUCUCGAUUGCAAAUGCACCAAAAAGUGUUUUAACAAAAUAACAGAAGAACAACGAAAUAAAAUAUUCGAAGCAUUUUGGAAAAUAGGGACAUUCUCUGCCCAAAAUGCAUUCAUUCGUGGUCUUUUGAAACCAAUAUUACCGGUUCGUCGUCGGCCAACCACCGCUGAGAAGAAUCGAACAAGUUCAAAUAGGUUCUCUCAUAAUGUUGCUGGGGAAACCAAACGGGUUUGCAAGAGGUACUUCUUAGAAACAUUGAAAAUCUCAAAUGGAAGAUUGACGUCAGCUUUAGAGAAGGUCAAAAUGGGCUAUCCUCCAGGGGACGAUAAACGGGGUAAGAAGCUGCCUGGUAACAAAACAUCCGAUGAACAAAUGGCGCAAGUAAGAACCCAUAUUUCAGCUUUUCCUUCAUACGAAUCUCACUACACAAGAAAACACAACCCAAAUAGGAAAUAUUUAGCCGAGAACUUAAAUAUACGACUUAUGUACAAUCCGUACAAGGAGCUCGUUGAAAGCCAAAGGCUUCAGCCUGUUAGGGAGCAUAUAUAUCGAAGAACUUUUAAUAACGAGUUCAAUCUGCAAUUUCACGCCCCACAUAAAGACACUUGCCUCAAGUGUGAUAUUUUUUCUAAUAAAGUAAAAUACUCAACAGAUGAAGAAGAAAAGAGAAAGCUCAAGCAGGACCAUGAACUUCAUUUACGGAAAGCAGAAUAAGCUCGCGGUUCCAUGAAGGCGGAUGCUGAAAAAAGUGCUAACAAUGACAGCUACUAUGCAUUCUCUUUUGAUUUGGAGAAGUCCCUGCCUUUCCCGAAAUUGGUGUGUCAACAGGCCUACUACACACGUAAUAUGUACGUAUACAAUUUAGGUUGCCAUGAACUUUCAACGAAAAUGGGGUUCAUGUAUUGUUGGGACGAAGU